GUUUUCCUGUCCUCUGUCUUCUUGCCUGGUACCAGUGCUAGAGUUCUGGAUUGAAAUUGUCAUCAUACAAGUGAUUCCUCAACCCUACUUGGGCAAUUGCUAUGAGAAUUCCUUCUUAUAUCUUUGGUCUUCUGUUUUAGAGCUCCACUGCUGUGAAACUGGGUACUUUGAGUGUGCCUCAGCUGCUACUGCUAGACAAUUCACUAAGUAGGGGAUCCUGCAGUAUCUGAAGGACAAAGAUGAAGUCAGCUGAAUUGCCUGAGGUUUCUGAGAACUUUGGGCCAACAGCAGUGACCAGAGCCGAUGCUGUGCGUUCAAGACUCAUUGACACUUUUUCUCUCAUCGAUCAUUUUCGGGGCUUGAGCCAAGCUGUGCCGCGGCAUAACCUUCGAGAAUUCCUUGAUCCUGCCCGCCAAAGAAAACUGAUGCUGGGAGAUCAACAUCAACUGGUCCGCUUCAGUAUCAGGCCUGGUCAUAACCGAAUCCUUUUUGCUCAGAGGCAGCAGUGUCGACUCAGGGUUCGUUGUAAUCGAUGGGCCCCCAUUUCUCUUUGGGCUGGCUGGGUCCUUAGAAAACGGAUCUUCAUAAACUUUGUCAACUGCCUCAUCUUUUUGAAUACCAUUUUCCUCAUGGUUGAAAUAGAGUUAGUGAAUACUACAAAUGUCAGAAUGUUGCCAAUAAUGAUGGCUCUAGAGGUGGGAUCUUGGUUCAUCUUGUUUAUCUUCAUACUGGAGAUUGUUCUCUUCUGGUUGUACAAUUUCUUCCUCUUCUGGAAAAGUGCCUGGAAUCUCUUUGACUUCUUUGUCACCACACUGUCUUUGCUUCCUGAGAUAGUGGUGCUAGUAGGGGUCACAGGUGAAUCAGUGUGGCUGCAGUUGUUACGUAUCUGCCGGGUGCUGAGGUCACUCAAACUCUUUGCACGGUUCCGCCAAAUUCGAGUCAUCAUCCUCGCCCUCGUCAGGGCUCUUAAGACCAUGACCUUCCUCCUGGUGCUGUUACUUAUUUUCUUCUACAUUUUCGCUCUGACUGGUGUCUACUUCUUUGAGAGUUACAGCCGUUCAGACAUCCAGGACUUGGAAUACCAGAUGUACUUCACGGAUGUGCCCAACUCCCUGGUGACAGUGUUCAUCCUCUUCACCCUGGAUCACUGGUAUGCACUGCUUCAGGAUGCCUGGAGAGUUCCUGCCCUGAGUAAAGCAUUCAGUAGUCUAUAUGUUAUCCUCUGGCUAUUGCUUGGCUCCAUCAUCUUCCGCAACAUCAUAGUAGCUAUGAUGGUUACUAAUUUCCAGGCAAUCAGGAAUGAGCUCAGUGAGGAGGCAACACAUUCAGAGAUGCAGCACAAAGCCAGCAUAUUCAAGCGCCAAAUCAUCAAAAGGAGACUUAACCAAAAAGAUGGAGAAAAAGCCAAGGUCAGAAGUUCUAGUGGCCACAUCACCCCCCAGACUUCUUAUCAUUCAGCAUCAUCGUUAACAGGUGACAUGUCUCAAUCUGAAAACUUAGUGAAGACAUCUGUCCCAAAAGACUUAUCAACUCCGCAAGAAUACCGAUUGAGCUCUGAUAGCCCAGGCCUAGUGGACUGGGAGACUCAUGUGCACCAGAAUCUCCAUGGGCUGAUGGAAAUGGACCAAGAUGAGCGGGUGGUUUGGCCCCGAGAUUCACUCUUUCGAUACUUUGAAUUGCUAGAAAAGCUUCAAUACAACAUAGAAGAACGGAAACAGCUGCAAGAAUUUGCAGUUAAGGCAUUGAUAAACUUGAAGGACAACUAA